CUUGGGGAGUGUCAGAAACUGAAGGAAUUCCAUUGAACGCCAGUUAUGCACCACGGGGACUCGAUGGUGCCGUCCGCAAUUUAGUUAAUCAGUUAAGGUUGCCGGCAUAAAUGACCUUACCAAUGAUGAUGGUCCGAUUCUUACGUCAGUAUUGUCCGAGAUACCGCCCGGUUCACAUUGUUUGUCUUCCCAAAUGACGAAAACCUACUGCAUAAUCGGUGCUGGUCCGGCCGGGCUUUGUACCACUAGACAUGCGCUCGAUGUCGCAGACAGCAGUGACGCGGUGACCGUGUUCGAGCAAACGGAUAAAAUCGGUGGUCUGUGGGCGUACAGUGAUAGCACCGGGAAGGAUCGAAAUGGGUUGGAUAUUUACUCCUGCCUUUACGCUAGCCUGCGUACGAAUUUGGUUAAGCAAGGAAUGGGCUAUCCGGACUAUCCGAUAGACGAGGAUGCUAAAACGUUCAUCACGAUCCCGGACGUCAUAAAGCAGUUGGAAGGGUACGUUGAAAAAUUUCAGCUCCGCCGAGUGAUUAGAUUUGAACAUCAAGUAGUACGAGUGACACGGCGUUUCGAAUCUGAACAAUGGGAUGUACUAGUGAAAGAUUUGUGCAACGAUCGCUACACAACGCACCGCUUCGAUUACGUGUUAAUAUGCAACGGUCACUAUACAUCACCGGUGGUGCCAAAGUUUCCGGGACAAGAGAUAUUCCAGGGCCGUCAAAUACAUAGCCGAGAUUAUCGGCGUAGCGUCGAUUUCAGCAACCAACGUGUGCUCGUUGUUGGCGGAGGACAUAGUGGUGUGGAUAUAGCACCCGAUCUAGUUAACCACGCUUCGCGUGUUGUUCUGAGCCAUCGCUGUAAGAUUCCUGUGCAUACGGGCGAUCGCGUGAUUCAGCGACCGGUGGUGCGGUUGCUAACUGCAACCGGUGCUACUUUUAUCGAUGGCCAAACGGAAGACUUCGAUGUUAUCAUCUACUGCACCGGAUAUCGAUACUCGGUACCAUUCCUAUCGGUGGAUUCGGGCGUAACGGUACACAGUAACUCAAUCACUCCGCUGUACUAUCACUGCAUCAACAUCAAUCAACCGACCAUGGCCUUCAUUGGGUUACCCUUUAACGGCUGCCUGAUGUUGAUGAUGGAUCUACAGGCCCGCUUUUGUUUGAAGUUUUAUAGUGGCCAAAAACGGUUACCGAGCACCGAAGAAAUGCUGCAAGAGUGGCAACGAGAUAGAAGUGAGCGGGAGGAACGUAAUCUUACCGGCAAACUAACGCAUAUGCUAGCCGGUGACCUACAGCAGCGGUACUACGAUGAUCUGGCACGGAUUGCGGAAAUUGAGUCACUGCCGCCCGUGUUGGCCAAAAUGCAUGCCGAUUGCAUUAACAGCAAAAACGAGGACGUUAACUUCCGGAAUUAUGAGUAUCGAAUCGUCGAUGAUCAUAGCUUCAUUAAAGUACCCUUGCCAGCAGAUAACGUCGAUACGACCGCCGAAACAGCGUAGGUUGGGGUAGUGUUUUUAACAGUACAAUAAAGAACUAUUCCAAACUUCGAUUGAAGA